CCACCCCAAGAUGGCGUAAUGUUGGUGUCUAGUUUGGAUAAUAAGGAAAUGAGUGAUAAUCAUUCAAGUUCUUAAUGAUAAUUUCAUUACAAUAAGACUGCUGCAAAAUCAGUUUGGCUGCCAAGAUUGGAUUUUCAUGUUAUAUUCCAAUUGAUGGAAGCUAGGAACAUGUUCUACAAUGUGGGAAAAGCUAAGAAACUGUGUUGGAUUUAUUGUAUGAUCAAGAAUUACUGUGUCAUUGACCUAUAGACAGUUUAUUUUUCUAUUGGUGUUUUUCUGCUGCUGCAAAUUUGGGAGUCAGAUCAAGGCCUAAGGCCAUCACUGAGUAUGGCAGAAGGCCAGCAGGAGACUCAGCUUAUUGCCAAGUAUGACUACAAGGCUGAGAACUCACAGGAGCUCACUAUGCGCAAGGGGGAGAGGCUGCUCUUGGUGGACGACACCAAAGACUGGUGGAAGGUUCGCUCCCCUGAUACAGGGAAGGAGGGGUUCGUGCCUUCCAACUUUGUGAAAAUUGUCAAACCAAAGGCCUCGCUGUUUUCAACCAUCCUCAAGAAGCACGGCGCCAAGAAGAAAGAGGGCAGCAAGCCCUCCCAUCCAAGUCCCGUGCUUAACAAUGGCGACUCUGUGCGCUCAAGAACUAAUGGGAAUAAUAUCACGACAGAGACCUACCAGCUGGGGCAGUGUAUACCAGCCUGUGCCAAGUAUUUGUACACUGCCCAGAGGGGGGAUGAGAUCUCCCUGUCUAAAGGGGAGAGAAUCAUGGUGAUAGAGAAGUCUAGUGACGGCUGGUGGCGAGGGAGGAAAGACGAUGGCAGCGUGGGCUGGUUCCCGUCCAACUACGUGGAAGAGGUCAGCUCCUCCGGGGGAGGCAACUCCUCCGAUAACAACCUCCUUUACUUCACGGCAGCCGAAGCCAAGUCCCAGUCCUCACCCUCCCACAGCUCAGCCGACAUUGUCCUGGCGCUGUACCCCUUCACUGGGAAAAACUCAGGGGAGCUGAGCUUUGAGAAGGGGGAGAGGCUGGAGGUCAUGAACACUGAGACAGACUCGGAGUGGCUGUCGGUGAGGAACUCCAGGGGAGAGACUGGCGUCGUGCCGGCGAAUUACGUCACACCUGCGCCGAGCUCCGGGGAAGAGGGCAGCGAGCGAGGGACGUCAACAUCCUCCUCCAACCCACAGUCGCAAUCACAGUCCAUCUCAUCCAUUUCUAACACAUCCAUAGCAGCGCUUGCUCUCGCUGGGAGAAAACAAUUUCAGGUAUCUGGACCUUUAGCAGACAAAGAGUGGUAUUAUGGGAAAAUAUCCCGAAAUCAGUGCGAGGAUAUCUUAACAAAGUUUGCCCAAGAUGGAGAUUUCUUAAUUAGGGAUAGCGAGUCAACUGCUGGCCAUUACACAGUGUCUUUGAAAGCUCCAGGUCGCAACAAACAUUUUCGUGUGAAAAACACUUCAGGGGUGCUAGAGAUAGGGCAACAAAAAUUCACAAAUCUAGACGAUCUUAUAGAACAUUAUAAAAAACAUCCAAUUUUCAAACAGGAGGCGGAGAAAUUGUAUCUUGUCAAACCGUUCAUCUGUCCAUCAUCACAAGACAAUUGAUGUAUCUCUAAUAUAAAUUAAAUAGAUCAAAUAAUGUCACAUUUUAUUUAUCCAUUUUACAAAAUGUAUUUUUUUUUUUGGAUCUUAUAAUUUUGAAUUUACGUACCAUCCAGUUCAUUAAAGGUACAUCCAUUGUUAUUAUGUUACAUUUAUUCAGCUAGGAAACAUUACACAGGAAAUUCUUUUUACAAAAUGUAUUUGUUUUUUUCGGGAUCUUAUAACAUUGAAUUUUUGUACAAUCCAUUGUUAUUUUGUCUCAUUCACUUCAUCUAAGAAAUAUUACGCAGGAAAUUCCUUUUCCAUGAUCACAUCCUCUGUUUUAAAGUCUGGUGGAUUAAUUUCUUGAUCUCAUGCCAGUCCAGGCUUAGUUAACUAGAGACGACACAGCUAAAUCCCUCAGUGGUUUAUGUUCAUGGGCGACUGCCCUCCCCCUCUAACAAUGUGCAAUGCUAACUUGAUCUUAUCUCUUGAGGUUGUUUUUUGUUUUGUUAAUCUUGUUCUUUCACUUUGUAUUUGCCAGUGUUCAUUGCAUCUGCUCUCUUUUCUAUAAGGAGGUUUUUUUUUUUUUAACUUUAGCUAAAUGAAUUUGAUUUAAAGUUGUGACCCUCCAUCACUGUUUGAGUUGCUUAGCACCUAUGCCUGAAUUAGAGUUUUUCAGUCUAUCUAGAAGAAAAUGUCAACUCUGAUUUCACUAGUGAAAACUGUUUUAGUAAUAUGACCAAUAGUAGUUUUAAUGUUAACUCUGUCUCUUUUGUGCCACUGAGAAAUUUAUAAUCUGGUAUCUUUAAACCUAGCAUAUUGAUUUGUUAUGUACAUACUUAACAACAAUACUCCUUAUAAAUUUCAACAAAAAUUUUGCACAUUUGAAAAUGUGAAACAACUGAACUCUCCAAACUGAUUACCUAUAACCCACCCACACACAUCCCUCUUCCAUAUGUUUGCUCUAGCUGAGUAGAACUUAAGAUGCAAAGUGACUAAUUUUGUCAUGGAGGUUCACAUUUGCUGUCUAUGCUGAUAGUUUUUUUUUCUUUUGAAGUUUCUGGUGAACUCAUGUUUUCUAUAUUUUCUAUUAGGUUGUUUUUUUUUACUUCUACUUCUUUGGUCAAGUGAUUAAUGUAGUUUAAAUUUAAAGACAUUGGCUUUAUGUUAUAUCAGGUUGUUUAUUUUUAUCUUUAGUUAAAUGAUUAAUGUGUUUUAAAGACAUUUGCUCUUUUCUCUAUUAUUAUGCUGUUUUUCUUUUUUUUUUGUAAAACAAUUAAUGUAGUUUAAAAUUAAUGGCAUCUGGCAUAAGUUUCACAGCAGGUUCAAUUCUAAUGUUGAAGACUUCGUAGAUCAAAGUAUAUAGUCCCUAUCCUAAUCCCAUUUCUUGCUCCGUAGGGCUUUAAAAAACUUUAUGGUAUAUGAGCAUUAAAAAAGAGUUAAAUCAGUUUUACUCAUACUUAAUUUUCAAAAGCACACAAUUUGACUAAAUCAGUAGUUGGCAAUAUUUCAUGGCUGGAUUAAUGUGAUUUCACUUUGAAAAUUUACCUGGUGAAAUAAAAAGCUGUUGAGUCAGUCACUUUAAAGUCAUCUAAAGGUUGUUUUCUUCUUUUCAUCUAUUGGUUUAGUGUUGAGGACUAUAUAUGCAUGGGAGAUCAUGUGACAUAGUGUGAGCAAUAAUAAAUAUUUUCCAUCUGUGAGUAGUGUCUGAGACUUUGAUAUUGUGUUAUUUGCAGCUGAGAGCUUUGUGAAGUUAUUAGAUGCAUGUGUCAAGCAGAUCAUGUAUGGAACAAAGAAUUAUGUUAUAGAAUAGUUAAUUUUUUUAUACUACAAAUUAACACUGUCCACUU